CCCCUGCCCAACUCAAGGCUGAUCUUUUGAUACAACAUUGUUCGACUCCUUUUGGUACCAACUCCUCUUUCACUCAGUCCAAGUCAAACCUCAUAUCCCAACUCAUAAGUGCACUUCGUCCCGUUGCCAGCAACUUUAACCAUCUUCCGGCCCCCAUCUAUCAUGUCGCUGUCCCGCCGCGAUGGAACGGCCAAUCCACGCACGCCCAGAGUUCCCUUUGAGGUCACAGCCAGAGCUCCUUUCAAGGUCAUGUACAGAAUGUCGUCGGAGGAAGCAGAAGUGUAAGCCGAGCCUGAUUCCAGAAGGCCCUUGUGCCAACUGUGCAAAACGCUACCCACCUGUGGCGUGUGUCAAAAGGUACGGUUCUUGCAAUGGGAAUAGAAUUGUACACCAGUUGGACGGAAGGCUGAAAUCAAAUCGUCGCCCUUACAAAGAUGUUCAGUACCAAGUUCAAGUUGUUAUCAACAAUGAACAACCAUUAGAAAGCCCCAGAACAUUUUUCGGACUAAUAGCGGGCAUCAAUACGGCCGGAAUUUCUCCCAUCGAUUCAAAUGCACAGAAUGCUCAGCUGCUUUACUAUUAUGUCCAGCGUGUGAUCCCUUUGAUAACAUCUCUGGAUGGGAAGAAUCCACCACCUGAACUCAACAAUUCUCUCUUACCUGGCGUCAUCAACUCUCCUCUCCUCCCGAAGAUCGCGAUUCUUGAGGCAGCCAUAAUUAGAGAGCUUUUCCAGCCGUGCGACCUAGCAGAAAACCGAAGAUUAAUUCUUCUCAAAGGGGAGAUAAUCGCCCGUAUCAACGAGUUCAUCACCAAGGAUUUCAGCAAGACAUAUCGGGAAGCAAUCCAGUCUGUCCUACAUAUUGCUCUUCUUGAAUACUAUUGGGGUGAACGUGCAAGCGUGGUGGCUCACAUGAAUGGCCUCAAGAGUAUGAUCAAAUUGAGGGGGGGCAUUGAAUCACUUGAAAGUGAACUCUUUACAAAACUCAUCACUCUACUCGACUUGCAGAUUGCGUGUGGCUACGAGAAAGUCCCAUCCAUCCUCACUUUCGACUUGCCUGUGAUCACGGCAUCUCAAUGCCCCCAAACAUUCGAAAACCCUUUCCACGAGUCAACAACUCCAUUUUCUACUGUUCUCGAACAAUUCUACGGUCUUUACGAAUUGGCCACAAUCCUCGACGAUGUCCGCCUCCUUACUUCGUCCAUCACAAGUAUCGGAACCAUCAAAUGCGAUCUAGAGGAUCCUCUCUUACAACAACAUAACACAAUCACUAUUACCGACCACGCCUUUCGGAUCCUUCACGCCACACGCUGCCUCCCAUCGACCCCUCUCACUCCGUCCUCACCCCCAGCCGACCUAAUCCACGAAAUCCUUCGCACAACAAUCAUCAUCUACACAACAGCCAUCUCCUCCCGCCUCCCCCUUUCCAUCGUCUACACACCUGCAUUAAGACGCCAAGUCUACCACUCUGCCAUGGGCUUCCAACUCAGUAAUUGGAAACAAAUCCCUGGCCUGCAACUCUGGGUUCUUCUACUUGCAUGUCCCGGGAGCGGGAAAGAUCCGCUGGGAAGGUUGUUGAGGUCGCAUAAGAGCCUUGCUACCAUUUAUAUCGGGUUAAAGGACUUCGAGUUUACGGUUAGGUGCUUGAGGAGCUUCUUGGGGGUGCAAAGGUGGAUUUCUGGGGGCAUUCUGAAUGAGGGGUUGGUCGAGAAUUUGUAUUCGGAUAUCAUGUAGGAUCAAAUUUGAUAAUGAAUGUUCAUUGAAUAUACACAUCUCCCUCUCCAUUCAACAAA